AAUGAACGGAUUUAUAACAAAGAAAGCUACUUUUCUAAUGCAUUCAGUUAUAAAUCUUGCUUUUUCAAGGUAAGCAAUAAAAGAAAAAGGAACAAAAAAAGAUAUAACUCAAAAAUAAAAGGACCCUCCAAAAGCUCUCCUGCAAGAAAACCAAGUACUACUGUCCUCUCUCUCUGUCCUCUCUUUCUCUCUCUCUCUCCCUCCCUCCCUCUCAGAGUACUGUAACACAAGCUGGCAUGGCCCAAAUGGCAGGUGUCGGCUUUAUACUACCGCAGCAGAAGCAGCUCCAGCAAAAAGACCAGAGAGCUGUAGGCUGCAAAACCCAACUCCCCCCUUUGCUCCAGCAGGCCUUUGAACACCUUCCCUUCAAAAACCCACCUCCCCCUUUUGCCCCUCCAAACCACCAGAACAAGCCCAUGUAUGGAAAGUAGGCUGGCAGGAUGGAGAUGGGUUCAAGCUCUUUGGGUGGAGCAUCUGGGUCUGCUUCUGGUUCAUCUGAUUCUCUGAAUGGGCUGAAAUUUGGGAAGAAGAUCUAUUUUGAGGAUGUGGGUAUUGGGGUUUCAUCUAAAACAGGAGGCUUUUCAGCUUCUUCAGAGGCGUUGGCAGCGUCGUCGUCUUCAGUGGGGCCUAAGAAGGGCAAGGGGGUGGUACAAGGAGGGCAGCCCCCAAGAUGCCAGGUUGAAGGUUGUAUGGUGGAUUUGACUGGUGCAAAGGCUUACUAUUGUAGGCAUAAGGUCUGUGGGAUGCAUUCAAAGUCUCCUAAGGUGAUUGUUGCGGGUAUGGAGCAGAGGUUUUGUCAGCAGUGCAGCAGAUUUCAUCAACUCCCUGAAUUCGACCAAGGAAAACGCAGUUGUCGUAGACGUCUGGCUGGCCACAAUGAGCGUCGAAGGAAGCCACCACUAGGGUCUUUGUCCUCACCCUAUGGACGGUUGUCAUCGUCUUUCCAUGAAGACAACAACAGAGUUGGAGGAUAUCUGAUGGACUACACAUACCCAAGACUGCCAGGAAGACAGGUAUGGCCCACCAUAAGGGCUGGUGAUCGGCUACUUACCCAUCAAACCUUAGCUACGGGACGCCAUCUUCCGCAUCUUUGGCAAGGCAGUGUAGAGGUUCCUUCUGCGAACGUCCUCGCUCAUGGGCCCCACUUGUAUCUGCAUAGUUCUGCUGGCGGGACAUCUUUCCCUGGCCCGGAAUUUGCGGCAACCGAAUCAUUUGUGGGAGUCUCAGACUCCGGCUGUGCUCUCGCUCUUCUGUCAUCUCAACCAUGGGUUCCCAGGAAUCGAGCUCUGGGUCCCACAGCAAAUAACUUUAUGAACGAUGAAAGGGCUCCGACCGCCCAUCAACCAGCUCACGGCGCCAAUACAAGCAGUUUCAUGAGCAACACGUGGAGUUUCAGGAGUCAUGAAGCUAGUAGCGGUUCGCAUGAAAUCACGCGCGAGUUGGGCUCAGGACAAGUUUUGGGGCCAGCCAACAAUCAGUUCUCGAGUGAGGUCAUGUUAGCUCAGCAAGUGGGCCGGCAGCAUAUGGACCUUGGUCACUCCCGAGCUUGUGGCUCUUCCAGUUCCAGCCAUCAGAUGCACUGGUCUCUUUGAGGAAUUCUAGGAUUCCUGCAUGAUACAGUUUGCUAACAUACCGCAGUUCCAUGCAUGUGCUCCAUGGUUCAGAAAUUCAUCCUGUCAAUCUGAUGGGGCCCACUGUGGAUGGGGGAAGCCAAAAAUAUCUCCUAGAUUGGAAGAUCCUAACGGUCUACUGCCGCCUCUUGGUCAAAUGUGAGCUGUCGUUUCAUGGGCAAUCGGUCAGUAGAAAAGCUUCAAUCUGGGGGAUUUUUGGGCAUCCUUCAUCCAUGAGAGGCCCACCAUAUCAAUGUGCUUGAUCACUGGGCCAUGGGUACCACAUGGAUGCCAGCAAACUGCAUGCCGACAUGCAGGACCCAAUAAUUCCUCUGUAUUGGAUCUCAGGAACUUUGUCAGCAGUUUGCGUGGAUUUCUCGACUUGUCUUCUUAUUAAUCUUAUUAGCUUCUCAUAAACUUGAAUAGUUACAAAUUGCCCAUUGGUAGGUGUCAUGGUAUGAAUCCGAAACUGAUUUGAUAGAUUGUUUGCUUGCUUUCUAUGGUUGUAAUAAUCUCCUUUUCGACAUCGAAACAACUUUCCCCGCAUAUGCUGAAAUCUGACUUAAAAGUUACAGGACCUCCA